UCGCGUCGCUCACUCGCCCGAAACAUCUGCACUGCACUGUUCCUCUCUCUCUCUCUCUCUCUCUCUCUCUCCAAACGCAAUCAGAAUUUCCACAAACUAUAGAUUACAUUACUCCCUCGCAUCGGUCACUCGCCCAAAACAUCUGCACUGCACUGUUCUUCUUCUUCUUCUCUCUCUCUCUCUAUACAUACAUACAUAUAUAUAUAUAUACAUACAUACAUAUAUAGAUAGGAGUAUACACAAAUGCAAAUUCCAAGUGUGAUAUCCGAGUGAGUGAGUUGGUUUGGUAGACAGAUGGAGUUAGUUCAGUCACAGUGUGGUUCAUGGUUUGUAUACAGUUUUUGCAAGUUGUGUCCUCGUCCUGAGAAGACUCAAUAUGUAGAGGAUUCAAAGAGAAGGGUUCGAAAUUGGAAGAAUUGGGGUUUAAUAGAAAACCAUUCAAAGAAAUUUGCAUCGUUGAUUGUGAAUGCUAGCAGCGAUGGAGGGGCGGAGGUGGUGGUGGUGGAGAAGCCGCCCAAACUGCAGCGAUUUCAAGUGUUUGAUGGUUCUCCAACACCUUUCGGAGCCACUGCUCGAGACGGUGGCGUCAAUUUCGCUGUUUAUUCCUCCAAUGCACUCUCUGCGACCCUUUGCUUUAUGACUCUCUCUGAUUUGCACCAGAAAAGAGUAACCGAGCAAAUCUCUAUGGAUCCAAUGGCUAAUAGAACUGGAGAUGUUUGGCAUGUAUUUCUGAAGGGAGAUUUUGAAGAUAUGCUAUAUGGCUACAAAUUUGAUGGAAAAUUUUGUACUGAAGGCGGACACUACUAUGACUCCUCUCAAAUAUUGUUGGAUCCUUAUGCUAAAGCAGUUGUAAGCCGAGGGGAUUUUGGUGUUUUGGGACCUGAGGAUGAUUGCUGGCCUCAGAUGGCCUGCAUGGUUCCUUCCGCUAAUAUUGAGUUUGACUGGGAAGGAGAUUUACCCCUGAAAUUUCCACAAAGAGAUCUUGUAAUAUAUGAAAUGCACAUUCGUGGAUUUACGAGGCAUGAUUCGAGCAGGACAGAAUUUCCUGGUACAUACCUUGGUGUAGUGGAGAAACUCGAUCACUUAAAGGAACUUGGUGUCAACUGUGUAGAGUUAAUGCCUUGUCAUGAGUUCAAUGAGUUGGAAUACUACUGCUACAACUCUGUUUUGGAUGACUAUAAGGUGAAUUUUUGGGGAUAUUCAACAAUCAAUUAUUUUUCACCAAUGAUAAGAUAUUCAUCUGCUGGAAAACGUGAUUGUGGCAGCGGUGCAAUCAAUGAAUUCAAGCUUCUUGUUAAAGAAGCACAUAAACGAGGAAUCGAGGUGAUCAUGGAUGUUGUUUUCAAUCACACUGCUGAAGGGAAUGAGAAAGGUGCCACCUUGUCAUUUAGAGGUGUUGAUAACAGUGUCUUUUAUAUGCUUGCGCCUAAGGGAGAGUUUUAUAAUUAUUCAGGCUGUGGAAACACCUUCAAUUGCAACCAUCCUGUUGUACGUCAAUUUAUAUUGGACUGCUUAAGAUAUUGGGUUACAGAAAUGCAUGUGGAUGGUUUUCGCUUUGAUCUUGCUUCUAUCCUGACGAGGGGUAGCAGUCUAUGGGAUGCUCUUAAUGUUUAUGGGAAUCCAAUAGAAGGUGACAUGUUGACAACUGGCACUCCUCUCAGCAGCCCACCAUUAAUUGAUAUGAUUAGCAAUGAUCCUAUACUUCGUGGAGUCAAGCUUGUAGCUGAAGCAUGGGAUUGUGGGGGUCUUUACCAAGUUGGCAUGUUUCCACACUGGGGUAUCUGGUCUGAAUGGAAUGGGAAGUAUCGUGACAUUGUACGGCAAUAUAUCAAGGGUACAGAUGGAUUUGCUGGGGCUUUUGCUGAAUGCCUUUGUGGGAGCCCUAAUUUGUACCAGGAAGGUGGAAGGAAACCGUGGAACAGUAUCAAUUUUGUCUGCGCACAUGAUGGCUUUAGUCUGGCUGAUUUGGUGAUGUAUAAUAACAAACAUAACUUGGCAAAUGGAGAAGACAACAAUGAUGGUGAGAACCAUAACAAUAGCUGGAAUUGUGGACAGGAAGGAGAGUUUGCUAGCAUUCCCGUGAAGAAAUUGAGGAAACGACAAAUGCGAAAUUUCUUCCUUUGCCUUAUGGUUUCCCAAGGCGUCCCGAUGAUCUAUAUGGGUGAUGAAUAUGGUCACACGAAAGGCGGGAACAAUAAUACAUAUUGCCACGAUAACUAUAUUAACUACUUCCGGUGGGAUAAGAAAGAAGAGGCCUCAUCUGACUUCUUCAGAUUUUGCAGCCUUAUGACCAAGUUCCGGCAUGAAUGCGAGUCACUUGGCUUAAAUGACUUCCCUACGGCCGAGAGGUUGCAGUGGCAUGGUCAUUCCCCUGAGAUGCCAGAUUGGUCUGAAACAAGCCGGUUUGUGGCAUUUACAUUGGUUGACUCUGUGAAGGGGGAACUAUACAUUGCGUUCAACACUAGUCAUUUAGCUGUCAUCGUUACUUUGCCUGAGCGACCUGGUUACAAAUGGGAACCCUUUGUGGACACCAGCAAACCUGCACCGUUUGAUGUUCUCUCUGGUGACCUGGAAAGAGACAUGGCGAUUACACAGUAUGCACAUUUUCUUGAUGCCAAUCUGUACCCUAUGCUUAGUUAUUCUUCCAUUAUUCUAUUACUAUCCCCUGAUAAUAAUGAUAAUAAUAAUAAUGUUUAGUUCAAGCCCCAUGUUUGCCUCAAUGAUGGCAUUUUUCAUGCCAUACAUCUAUUCCCCAACCUCUAGCAUUGUACACCAGUUGACAUAACUAUAGUAGAAUCCAAGUGGUUAUGUCUUAACCAGAAACUAAUUUGUGUAAUAUUGCUGCUCAAUCGAAGUGGUUUCCCAAUCAAAAAGUCAUGUUUCACA